UGCAGAGCCUCCUGGCACCAACACUUUCCCUACCACGUCAGGGUCUCGGCGGAGUCCUGACAAAACAAAUCAUAAUCCGGGAUCCAGUCAGACUUUGGAAUCUCCUGGGUAGCACUGCCUGGUUUGCUACAUCCAGCUCUCGAGGGAGUAGCCAGAAGAAUGGAGGAUUCAAGAAGAAAUCCCCACAGGAGGAGGAUGAGGAGGAGAAACGCAGGAGGAGGGAAAACCAGAUGCACCUGGAGCGUCUGCGGGCGCUGCUGAUCCUCACCUUCGUGGUGCUGAUGCUUCGCUUCAUGAUCGGCGAGAACAGGGAGGGCACCAACAUCUCCUGGAACUACUUUGUCAAUGAGAUGCUGGCCAAGGGGGAGGUGCAGAGGAUCGAGGUGGUGCCUGAGAGUGACAUCGUGGAGAUUUAUCUGCACCCAGGUGGAACUCCCCAUGGCCAAGUUAACGUGACCCUGCUCUACACCAUGCGCGUGGCAAACAUCGACAAAUUCGAAGAGAAGCUCAGAGCUGUGGAGGAUGAGCUGAAUAUUGAUGAGAAAGACAGAAUCCCCAUUUCCUACAAACACCCUGGCUUUUAUGGAAAUGAUGUCCUUUCCCUGAUAGUGACCCUGGUGGCCGUGUCCAUGCUGUGGAGCAUCUUCCGCCUCUUCAGGGUGGCGAGCAGGGCCGGCGGCUUCAACGCCUUUAACCAGCUGAAGAUGGCUCGUUUCACCAUUGUGGAUGGGAAAUCUGGAAAAGGGAUUGGCUUCAAGGAUGUAGCAGGAAUGCAUGAGGCAAAAAUGGAAGUCAAGGAAUUUGUGGACUAUUUAAAGAAUCCUGAUCGCUACCUCCAGCUCGGGGCCAAAGUGCCCAAGGGUGCCUUGUUGCUGGGCCCACCAGGCUGUGGGAAGACUUUGCUGGCCAAGGCUGUGGCUACAGAGGCCCAGGUGCCGUUUUUGGCCAUGGCAGGCUCUGAGUUCGUGGAGGUGAUUGGAGGCCUGGGCGCCGCCCGCGUGCGCAGCCUGUUCCGCGAGGCGCAGGCCCGCGCUCCCUGCAUCGUCUACAUCGACGAGAUCGACGCCGUGGGCAAGAAGCGCUCCACCAACGUCUCUGGCUUUGCCAACGCUGAGGAGGAGCAGACCUUAAACCAGCUGCUGGUGGAGAUGGAUGGAAUGGGGACCACGGAUCACGUCAUAGUGCUGGCAUCCACCAACCGCGCCGAUGUCCUGGACAACGCCCUGAUGAGGCCUGGGAGGCUGGACAGGCACAUCUUCAUUGAUCUCCCCACACUGCAGGAGAGGAAGGAGAUCUUUGAGCACCACCUGAAAGGCCUGAAGCUGAUCCAGGACGGCAGUUUCUACUCACAGCACCUGGCAGAGCUGACCCCAGGAUUCAGUGGAGCUGACAUAGCCAACAUCUGCAAUGAAGCUGCUCUCCACGCUGCCAGGGAGGGCCACAAGUCCAUUGACACCUCCAACUUCGAGUACGCCGUGGAGAGAGUGAUUGCAGGCACUGCCAAAAGAAGUAAGAUCUUGUCACCAGAAGAGAGGAAGGUGGUGGCGUUCCAUGAAUCCGGACACGCCCUGGUUGGGUGGCUGCUGGAGCACACCGAGGCUGUCAUGAAGGUGUCCAUCGCCCCUCGCACGAACGCGGCUCUGGGCUUCGCACAGAUCCUGCCCCGCGAGCAGUACCUGUUCACCAAGGAGCAGCUGCUGGAGAGGAUGUGCAUGGCCCUGGGGGGCAGAGUGGCCGAGGCCAUCACCUUCAACAGGGUCACCACAGGAGCACAGGAUGACCUGAAGAAGGUGACCAAGAUCGCCUAUGCCAUGGUGAAGCAGUAUGGGAUGGUGCCCAGCAUCGGGCAGAUCUCCUUCCCAGAGCCCGAGAGUGCCCCUGGCAUCGGCCGGCGCCCCUUCAGCCAGGGCCUGCUGCAGAUGAUGGACCACGAAGCCAAAACCCUGGUGGCUCAGGCUUACAGGCGCACAGAAAAGCUCCUGCUGGAGAACCGGGACAAGCUGCAAACCCUGUCCAAUGCCCUCCUGGAGAAGGAGGUGAUCAACUACGACGACAUCGAGGCGCUGAUCGGGCCCCCGCCCCACGGGCCCAAGAAGAUGAUUGCUCCUCAGAGCUGGCUGCAGGCUGAGAGGGACAAGCAGGACACCAGGGAGGAGGAGACACCUCCCCAGCCCCCGAGCCACGAGGAGGAGGAGGAGCCACGCCUGAGACCUGUGUGAACCCCCUCCAUGUGGAAUGGGGGCUUCUCUUGGACACAGAGCCUCUGCCUUCUCAGCUCCAGAAUCAAGGUGCUGAGCAGGGAAUUGCUCUGCUGCUGCUACCCCAGGUUUAGAGAUGGCUAUGUGAGCUCUUGGAGCUUGAUCCUGCAGGAAGGAGAACUCCUCAGGAUUUCAGAAUGGAUUCCUAGCGGGGUGGUGGUGAUUAGGAGUUGGGUAAGUCUGAUCUGCUGUGGAAGUUUCUUGUACACAGGAGCAGGGAACAUAUUCCAAUGGGUGGAAAGUCCCAUGUAAGCCAGUUCUGGCUGUGCUCUGUGCCAUGGCAGGAGGGCAGGGCUGUGCCCUCAGCAUGGGGACACCCCUGUGGGGCUGAGCUGGGCUGCUGCAGCUCUUGUGUAACCUUUGAACACAACACACAAACAGCCCUGGCUGGAAUAAACUGCCCACAACGUGCUGCU